AUGUCACGUGACACGCCCUGCCGGUUCACUUCCUGUUGUCGUUACGCUUCUUAAUUCUUUUUCCUUUUAUUUUGUUCAUUUUGCCACUUUGCUGUUUUACACCAAGUCGAGUUAUAAACGAGGUGCAUAUUUACGUUGAGUCAACGCGUCAUAAAUGUCAGACUGAUCCGGAAACAAAGAGGUCAGUUGAGGCAAAUCGUCGGCUGUUAGUGUUAGCUCGUUAGCUACUGUAUUUAUCUGCGGUGACAGUUGAGGUGCGGAGCUGUCUCUUUAGCUGUCACUUGUCGUGCAUUACAUUCAGACACCCGGCCAACUCUCCGUCAAUAAAACCGCUGUAGGUGUUAAGUUUGCACACCAGCAUCAUGGCUAGUCUGCUUUCAGUGCAAUGCGCUGCCUCUGUGAGGAAAUCUGGGAGUUUAAUUCAUUUAAGAAGCGCCGCACUGGGGAUCCAGUCGAGACACUACAGCAGCAAAAAAGCCUCUUCAUCCGAGUAUCUUCACCAAAGUGUCGUUCCAUCCAUGCAUUACCAGAAGAGUUUACCCAGGCUCCCCGUCCCUAAACUAGAGGACACCAUCAGGAGGUAUUUAGCUGCCCAGAGGCCUCUGUUGGAUGAUGAGCAGUACAGAACAACAGAGAAACAUGCCCAAGAUUUCCAGAAUGGUGUGGGGAAACAGCUGCAUGAGGAGCUGGUAGCUCAGGACAAAAACAACAAGCAUACAAGCUACAUCUCAGGGCCAUGGUUUGAUAUGUACCUCUCUGCACGGGAUUCUGUGGUGCUGAACUUCAACCCCUUUAUGUCCUUCAAUCCUGACCCCAAGACUGAGUACAACGACCAGCUUGUGCGUGCCACCAAUAUGGUGUCUUCAGCAGUGCGAUUCAUGAAGACGCUACGAGCUGGCUUGCUGGAGCCGGAGGUUUUCCACCUGAACCCUGCUAAGAGUGACACAGACAGCUUCAAAAACUUGAUCCGCUGGGUCCCAUCGUCACUGUCUUGGUAUGGAGCCUACAUGGUGAAUGCUUUUCCUCUGGACAUGUCUCAGUACUUUCGCCUCUUUAACUCAACUCGGAUUCCAAAGCGUGGGCGAGAUGAGCUGUUCACUGAUGAGAAAGGCCGACAUCUGUUAGUUAUGAGAAAAGGCAACAUGUAUGUGUUUGAUAUUGUGGACAGGGAUGGGAAUUUAGUGAAGCCUGCAGAGAUCCAAUCCCACCUGAAGUAUAUUUUGUCUGACUCUGCAGAGGCACCCGCCUUCCCUCUGGGUGUCCUGACCAGUGAGAACAGAGACGUCUGGGCUGAGCUGAGGGACAAGUUGAUAGCGGCUGGAAAUGCAGAGGAUUUACGUGUCGUUGACAGUGCCCUUUUCUGCCUCUGUCUCGAUGAGGAGAGCAUGCGGGACCAUAUUCACAUCUCCCACAACAUGCUGCACGGCGACGGCUGCAACCGCUGGUAUGACAAAUCCUUCAGCAUCAUUCUGACCAAAGACGGACAGGCAGCGAUUAAUUUUGAGCACUCCUGGGGCGACGGAGUGGCCGUGCUCCGCUUUCAGAACGAAGUGUUUAAAGACACUACAGAGCAGCCACUGGUUCACCCGGGUUCUGCUGCUGCUGCUGUGGAUUCAGCCUCAGCUGUGCGAAGACUGCACUUCAACCUGGACAGCGAACUGCAGAACGGCAUCAAAAAGGCAAAGGAGAACUUCAACUCAGCCGUGUCCAAACUCACCAUCGACGCCAUGGAGUUUAGGAAGGGCGGGAAGGAGCAGUUAAAGAAGAGCAAGCUGAGUCCAGAUGCUAUCGCCCAGCUGGCUUUUCAGAUGGGCUUCUUGAGGCAGUAUGGACAGACAGUGGCCACAUAUGAGUCUUGUAGCACUGCAGCGUUCAAACAUGGCCGCACAGAAACCAUCCGACCAGCCUCCAUACACACCAAAAAGUGCUCACAAGCCUUUGUUAGCCAACCUGGAAAACACAGUGUGGAGGAGCUACGGGGCAUGCUCAACGAGUGCUCCAAAUACCAUGGACAGCUCACCAAGGAAGCAGCUAUGGGUCAAGGGUUUGACCGUCACCUGUUUGCCAUGCGAUACCUGGCCAACUCAAAGGGCCAACCUCUGCACGGCUUGUACAUGGAUCCAGCCUACGCUGCCAUCAACCACAACAUCCUCUCCACCAGCACCCUCACCAGCCCCGCUGUCAGUCUCGGUGGCUUUGCUCCAGUGGUGCCCGAUGGAUUUGGUGUCGGCUACGGUGUCCACGAUGAAUGGAUCGGCUGCAACGUGUCCAGCUACCCGACUCGCAAUGUUCACGAGUUCCUGCAGUGCGUGCACAAAUCUUUAGAGGACAUUUUCAGUGUCCUGGAAGGGAAGUCGCUCAGCUAAGAACAAAGUGUACGUAGAGAAAAGGUGAUUUUACAAGGGUUGAUCAAAAAGCUAAGAGACUGUGUAUAUAAAAAUGAAAUAUUUGCUGCCUGCUCCAUUUCCAGAUGCAGGGAGAAAUUGCAAAUGUACAGCUUCCACCUGUCACAAAAGUGUAUCUAACAUGGGUCCUGCUGUUGAUACUGCAGUGUCACAUGACAGUCACUGCUUGCACAUGUUGCACUACAAUCUCAUAACUUUUUGAUCAAGCCUUAAAAUGAAUAGUAAAGGUGAGCGUAGUUCUCAUUAUAUCACAAAGAUGCAAAGAAAGGAGUAAAAUAUUUUAUACAUUACAGAGAUUAACUUAAUUAAAUGUACGUCACUGUUGGGAGUUUGUGUUCAUCCAUCAUCAGAUUUGACAUGGAAUGAAAAGCAACCUCAGCCUUUACUGUGGACACAAGUCAUAAUUACUGUAUGAUUAAAAACUACAUUAAAAUUUAAAGUUUACUUUAACUGAUUGUCCGCACUGAAUCUGAAAUUUGCGACUGUUCUUUACAUUCAAAUCCAUUGAGACAGCUGUGUACUGUAGCCUAAUGUUAGCUGUGUUUUAGGGUUAAAUUAUGCAGCGCUUGUCACAAUGUUCAUGCAGUUUUAGAAAUCCUGCGUAGUAAAUGAUAGUCUGGAGACAGAAGCUGUGCCUUAUCAAAACGAUGUGAAGCUCCAUCACAGCAUUAAAAUGAUCAUCACCAUUUGUCAAUUGCAGCCUUGUUCUUGUGAAUGAAUGUUUUUUGAAAUAAAACUUAAUGUAAUUAA